AUGUCGGAGAUUCAACCGGCGGAGGGGCAGACAAACGGCGGAAGAACCCUAAUUCCGACCACCACCGAACAAAUCGCCACGAAACGGCAGAGAAGGCCCAGUGUCCGAUUAGGCGACAUCGGCGUCGACCCACCUUACGAAUCUCACGCCAGACGCAACACCAAGAGCUGGAAACUCGCCUUCGAUCAUCCACGCAAGGAAAAAGAUUCAGGUAAACCUUCAAAGACUCGACCUUUAACCAAUUUGACCUCUGUUGCCGAUUUCAAUGAAACCCUAGACGGUGAAGAGAGAGAAGGGAACAUUGAUGGAACCGUUGCAAUUGGUAGCUGGAAGGUUAAGGAGUCCAAGAAAAGAGGUCCCGUUGUCACCAAGAGGGCGAGAUCGAGUUGGGUUUCCAGAAUCGAUGAUACCGGUGGUGGUGGUGGUGGUGGUGGCGGUAGCGGAACUGGUGUUGUUGAAUUAGAGGAAAAAUAUAGUGCUGCUGAAGAUGUGGAAGAUGGUGGGUAUAGAGAAUUCGAUAUGGAGAAUUCUGAGAGUCCUUUGAAGGAACAAAGCCCGAUUCAUUCCAUGGAGAAUUUAGGGAUUGAUGGGCAUAGGAGGUCUUUUAAGAGUAGAGAUCAUAAUGAUGGAAUUGAUUUAUCUGGGCCAUCUGAAAAUGAUGUUAGGAAUGAGAAUGGUGGGAGGAUUAGGUCUGGCGAAGACGGGAUUAGGAUUUGGCUUAACGGGUUGGGAUUAGGCCGUUAUGCACCGGUGUUUGAAGUGCAUGAAGUUGAUGAUGAGGUUUUGCCGAAGUUGACACUGGAGGAUCUUAAAGAUAUGGGGAUUAAUGCUGUUGGAUCCCGAAGGAAACUGUUUUGUGCGAUUCAGAAGCUCGGUAAAGGCUUCUCGUGA